AUGAUGCUUUAUAAAUUAGUCGUCCUGGGAGACGGUGGUGUAGGAAAGACCGCCUUGACAAUACAGCUGUGUUUGAAUCACUUUACCUAUGACCCUACUAUAGAAGAUUCUUACCGAAAGCAAGUCGUCAUUGACGAUCACCCCUGCGUACUAGAAGUCCUGGAUACAGCAGGUCAAGAGGAAUAUGCAGCCUUAAGAGAUCAGUGGAUCAGAGAUGGUGAAGGGUUCCUGUUAGUCUAUGCGAUCAAUUCUCGAUCGACUUUUGAACGCAUUGAACGAUUCCGCGAGCAAAUUUUCCGAGUCAAAGAUAGCACGGAUGUGCCUCUGAUGUUGGUAGGCAACAAAUGCGACAAAGUGACGGAACGACAAGUGACGCGCGACGAAGGCUGGGCCAUGGCCCGACGCAUGGCUUGCGAUUUCAUCGAAACGUCGGCGAAAACGUGUGUCAAUGUCGAACGAUCGUUCUAUCAGGUUGUGAAAGCCAUUCGAAUGCAACGUCAAGGAACCAUCGCUGUCAAUAAGACCAAUGCCAAAAAAGACAAAAAGUUCAAAUGUCGGAUCCUGUGA